AUGGAGAAAAGGCUGCUGGAAGCAGUGGAGAAAGCCAGGCCACCUCCACCACCUGCACCGAAAGAACCACAGUUCGCGCUGCUGCCAUCGCCGCCAGAAGAACAUCAUUAUUACUACUGUGAAUUCCCCCCUGAAAUAGAGCAAGUAAAUCCCGUAGGUUAUUGGAAUGCAAAUGGCAACUGGAUUCAGGGAAAGCAAAGAGACGCCCCCAGGAGGGGCCACCCCAACUUCAGAUGGACUGAUCAGAAUCAAAGCCAACCACCCCCACCCUCGACACAGCAGGAAGAAGAUUGGGGAUACCAACACCAGAUCUCUCAGUAUGGUAACAAAGGAAGGCAGCCAAGCACUCAAAUGGUGAAUUAUGUUCCACCGUAUCCAAGAGGAAACCAGCAAGGAAACCAACAGAACUACUUUCCCCAGAACCAGUCAGAGCAGUAUGGACCUUACGGCUACUAUCAGCAAGGCCAUGGAGGAGGUCGUUUUAAUCAAAGAUACAACAAGCAGCCAAAUGAAGGUCCCAGCGAUGCGAUGAUCCCUCAUCAGCCCCAAAAUGCAAUACGAGAAAUUCAAGAAGUUCACAAAAAACAAAGGGCUGCACUCGAUAUGUUCACUAAGCAGCUAUCUCAGGUUGCCAUGUCACUAGGCGAGUUGAGGGGCAACGAAGGUCAAUUUCCAGUUACUGUGCAGCAACCUGCUGGGAGAGAGAGUGUCAAUACAGCAGAAGAGUCUAACGCCCAAGAACGAGUUGCUAAGAAAGGGAGAAUGGUCGAAACAGAAAAGAUGGUCGAACUAAGUCAACCUAAAGAUCUUCCACCAAAGAGAACUGACCCUGGGGUGUUUACACUUCCAAUCUCCGUCAGAGAUGUUCUGAUGGGGCGCGCCAUGUGUGACCUAGGGGCCUCCAUCAACAUCAUGCCACAUUCUAUGUACAAAAAACUGGGAAAACCUACACUUGUUGAAACAAACCUGGAAAUACAAUUAGCAGAUGUGUCUUGUAUUUACCCUGAGGGAGUUCUGGAAAAUGAAAUCGUCAAGGUUAACAAAUUUAUGUACCUCACCGAUUUUUUUGUCAUAAAGAUGACGGAGCCAGAGGCGGAAGAGUCUGUCGGAAUUCUUUUGGGAAGACCAUUCUUAUCCACUGCCGGCACAGUCAUCGAUGUCCGCCAUGGGAAAAUAAACCUAGAGUUUAACGAAGAACGACUCACGAUCGACAUCCACAAAGUUGCGAUGAAGCCUCAGGGCAGAGAGAGCAUUCAAUCGGCAGAAGCUGUCAGAUCUCUGAAGCAAGAGGAUCUGGAGAAGAAAAUCCCCGUUGAUUCCACUAAUGACGAAGAACUUAAGAGAGAAGCAGCUUACUGGUCAAAAGAGAUUAUUCAAUCGGAGCAGAUCGCAAAACCGCUUGACCAAGCUGCCUCAUCAAGUAUACAGCUGAGGAAGAAUCCCUCACCUACAGAGCAAUUAUUGCCCUUAUCUGGGUCACCAGUUACCAUCAAGAGCCUGACCAGCCUGACGUAUCACGAACACGUCAAACCAAAUCUGCUUGGACAAAAAUGGCAAUCAAGGAAAAAACUGAGGCCUGGUGAAGAAGGAGUCAAGUGGAAAACAGCAUACCUGAUGGAGAUAAAUCCAAAACUGCACCUGCCUCCAGCAAUUAUAAAAAAGGGAAUGAUCGACCCCACUUUGAGAAGGGAAGAUUUCAUGAUGGGCCAAGAGGAACUGCUCUUCCAGUGUCAACUCAAACUGAUACCCAAGAAGUGA